CACGAAGCGGCCGAAGCGCAUAGGUACCUACCCAAAGAAAUAAUUACCUUCGGUUCUUUGCUUGCUUGCUUAAUUCAUGUUUCAUUGCUAAUGUAUAUUGUAUAGCCAGCGAGAUAACGAGUCCAACUCGAGUUAUGGUGAUUUCCACUCGAGCUUACUCGAGUUAGUCGUGUUGACCCCAGUUGACCCCAUAGAUAAUAAAUAUGUACAUUUUAUCUAAAACUACCAUGGCUUUUUCUAGUUUGUAAAAAGCACAGAACACUGCACACUUCUAGCGAAGGUAAAAAGCAAGGAGUUAUUUUAUAAUAAGUAGUUUGGUAAAAAGUAUGUUAAAAUGAAGUUACUAAUUAGAGAAAUAAUAAUUGUCUUAAUGUCGUUAAUUGUUAUCAAUGAAUCUGUUAAAUUGUCGGCGGUAAAAAAUAAAUAUCAUAAAGGCGUGAAAGCAUAUACUGAUGAGAGGUGGACUGAAUGUAUCGCUCAGUUCGAAGAAUCUAUCAGUUUAUAUAGAGUUUAUAGAAAACGCAUAAUUAACUGUAGACUUAAAUGUAACAGAAAUCAAUACAAUUCAGAAAUACAAAAUAAUAUUGAAGAUUUAAAAAUUUAUGAACUGCUUUUGAAGAAAACAGUGUGCCUUAAACAAUGCAUAGAGUCUGUUGCCGAUACACAUCUCCAAGAAGAAUUUCAAGAUAUCAUUCCAAUAAUGUCAGCUAGAAAACCUUUUGAGUAUCUCCAUGUUUGUUAUUUCCAAAUGAAUGCUUUACCAAAAGCUGCCUCAGCAGCAUAUACAUUUCAUGUUGGACAUCCAGAUGAUAUCACGAUGCUAAAUAAUGUCAAAUAUUACAGUCAACAACCAGAAGUAGAUGUAAAUGAGAUAGAAGACUUGCUGAUUGAAAAUUUCAUGAUAUAUUACAAAAACGGUAAAGAUGCUUACAAUAAAAAUGAUUGGGAAAAAACAAUAACUAAUUUUGAAGAAGCUAUCAAGGAUUACUUUUCAGUGGAAAACAAUUGCCGUGCAGAAUGUGAAUUGCAACCAGACCAACAGAUAUCUUCAGAGUUUAUCAUAACAAUUGCAAAUAACGUAGCAUCUCUUUUACACUGCCAACAGCAAUGCCAAGAUAUACUGAAAAAAUUUAGCUAUCAAUCAGGAAUAGAAUUCCUUACUGAUGUACUAGAUUAUCUACAGAUCUCUUACUAUUAUACAAAAGAUUAUGAGGGUGCAGCUGAAGCGGUCUCCACUUAUAUGGUUAUGAUACCUGAUGCUGAAGAUAUGAUAGAAAACAAAAAAUUCUAUAGUUCGCUUGUAGAUAAAGAAGCUUUUGUUAACAGAUCUGAUAUUGUUUACUACUUUAAACGGGAUACUUAUGAAAAAAUGAUUUUGAAUCUGUUUCACAAGGACAGUGAUGAAGGUAGUUUUAAGAUUAAAGAUGAAUUAUAAUGAUUUAUCUUUUUGUCAAACUAAAGCUAUAAGAAAAAUAGUGCCUUAGAUAGUAUAUAUUUUUCGACAUUAUUUACCAAAGAUGUUAGACCAGAGUGAAAGUGUCAUAUUUUUAAUUUUAUAAUUUUUAAACAAAUGAA